UUGUGACUCAAUGGGGUUUCUCCUAGUUUUCACUUAUUAAAAAAACUCUUCAAAACAUAUGCCAAUAUAUAUAUAUGUCUAUGUUUUCAGCUAAAUUGGAAUAAACCACUGUAGUCACAACAUGUAGCUAAUGUAACAGGAGCUCAUGGGAAAUGUAGUUGAAAAUAAUUGUUUAUUUUUUGUGAAAGUGAAGCACUAAAUAUAUAAUCCAGUACAGGAUUAAAUGUCUGCUUAAACCUGAUGAAUGAACCUUACUUUGAGAAGCUCUUGUAGUGGGACUAAUAAUAGUGGAGGAAGCUGGUGGAUAAUAGUGACCUGACUCGCGCAUGCGUGAUGAGUGAAAAGACUUCGCGCGUUUAACACUGGAGCGAUUGAAAACCUGAGAAAUAUUACAUAUCAUGUUUUUGAUACUCGACAUUACAUCACUCUGAAGACAGCAGAGGCCAAGUGGUGGAAAAAUGGCACCGAGUCAGGACACACAGCUGGAGAAAGUCAUUGAUGAGGUAUUGAAGAGUGGGAAUGUCCAAGCACUGGAUGUAUUCUUGCAAAGGGACAUACAAGAAGGGACCCCCAUAAAAUGUUCCCAACAGUUUCUCACCAAAUUGGAUAAACUUGUCAGCAGGAGUUCUGAUCAAAAAGAUUGCAAGUCAGCCAGUUUGGGUUUUGCUGUCCUCUACAAGUGUGGGAAAAACCUGAAACUGCCUGGUGUUAGUCAAGGGCUGUCUGGAUUAAUAGUUCAAGGCCUGCUCAAAAAGAUGGUGCAGUGGUUUGAGAAAUGCAGGCAACUGUGGAUCCAGUGUGGCCCGCAGUGGGAUGAGACCUUGUUCAACCUCUCUGAGGACUUCUUUGAUGCCUUAAUGGUGGUUCACGACUCAUGCAAAGAGGGAACAUACAAAAUCACAGAAUCCUUCCUGUAUCCUGUUGGUCAGUUGGCAGUAGACCCCAGAAUCUACAUCCUGAUCCAAAAAGAGGCAAUUCGUAAAUUUAACUUAAUUCUGGACAAAAUCCCAGUGGAGUUAAAGAAGAAGAAGAAGAUCCUAACAUCACAGGAGGCCUCAGAUAUCAUGAUCAAGCUGGCUGGUCAGAUAUUGGACGGUGGUGAUUACGACUUGCAGACAGCGCUGAUGGAGGCGUUGUGCAGAAUGGCCACUCCUGACCAGAGGAAGGACCUGACAGAUCGAUGGUUCAGCAUGGAGCAUGUGGCCAGAGCCUUUGCCAAGAUCCGUGAUUCUGAGUUUGAGACGGAUUGUCGCAAGUUUCUGAACUUGGUGAAUGGGAUGCAGGGAGACAAGAGAAGAGUGUAUUCCUACCCUUGUUUGGAGGUUUAUCUGGACAAGUUUGAGCUGCUGAUGCCCGCUGAUGAGAAGCUGGAAGAAUAUUGGAUUGACUUCAACCUUGGCAGUCAUAGCAUCUCCUUUUACUUCUCCUUGGCUGAUGAAGAAGUGCAGGAGGGCCAAUGGGAAACAAUAUGUAUUAAUGAGAAUGAAGUCCAAAGCUACACUGUUACAGAGGACGGCAAGAGGCAAGUCUUGCGGUUAAAACUGUCAGAGGUGGUGGUUGUGGGUGCAGUGGAAGGAUCGAGUCUCACCAUCCACUUCAGCUCCUCCCUGGAUAUCCUGCAGGCUGCUCGUAGCGUCUAUGGACACAGCAAAAACAAAGGCUUUCUGGGAAAGACGGGCACAUCUGUAGUGAAGACCACAGUCAAAAUUAUAAUGGAAGAGAACAGCUCCCAGGUUGUUCCAGAGAGUCAGGUGUCCCUUGGUGACAGUGAGAAAAAUACUGCCCCCUACCCUUUGCCAGCCCCAUCUGCACCUGUACAGAUCGUGACCCCAGCAAAGAUGAGGAUUUCAGAGUCGACCACCUUCAUCAGCAGCAGUGCAGGAGGAAGUGUGCAUAGAGCCAAGUCCCUCUCUGCUGUUUUGCCAUCAAACACUCCAGUCAGGGGUAAAGGGAAGCCAUCUCUGGAGAUGGUUCGUUCAUGUGACCGGCAAGGUGAAUUAUACCUGGGAGAGCUAAGGACAACCGCUAAGACCUACAGUCACGGCACAACAUCUAACAGCACCGUAGCAGGUGGCAGUACAGAGCAGGGUGAUACGUCUCUACAGAGUACAGCUUCCAAACAGGCCAUUAAGAAUAAAGCUGGCAAGCACAAAAAGAACAUACCACUGGCAAAAGCAGUAGAUGUGGUUCUAGCUGGACAGGGAGAAGAACUGUCUCUGGAGCAUAAUUUUGUGCCAGACAGCCAACCCAGCUCUGGGAGAAACAUAUCUUCUAACUGGAGCAAACUGUCGGUUUCUGAAAUGCUAAUGAUGCCCACACAGAAAAUCAAUUUUGUACCACGACCUGAGCCUCGAUUGGCGCAACAGCAGGAGGGCCAGUCCUCAGUACAGAAAGUGUCUGUUCAAGCUCCCGGUCGAGUCAGCCAAAAGCAACUCCAUACUGAAGUCACCAGGCGCCUGCAGCAGUUCCUCAGCGAGAGGAACCAAGAUCCUGCACCUCAGCAGCCAGCUGCACCCCAGAGAAAAAUGUCUGAUAUCGGAGAGGACUCCAAAGGCAGAAGCUCUGCGGAACAAUGUGCUUCCACAUUACGUGCUCCCAAAGAACAGCGGGCCCAGAGAAGUGGCCCGGCCAAAGGGAAGAGCAAAGGCCAAAUAUCACUGGAGGCAGAUGCUGCUUUAAUCAAAGCUCCAGCCAAGGCCUCCACAACCAAAGUUCUGCAAGAGAGAAUACCACCCAACGUUAGGGUUGAAACUAACAGGGCCCUUUCAGUCAAAGAGAAGAGAGAUGCAGAGGUUGCAGGCAGCAUGGUGAAGCUCAUCUCUAGCCGUUAUGAGAGUAACCCCCAACCUACAGCAAAAGCUACUGCAGAAAAUAUCCCUCAGACCUGGAGUCCUCAUUUUGUAAACAGGCCGAUCUUCAAUAUGAGCUGGUUGUCAACUGCUAAAAGAGAUGUAUCUGGAGCUGUAAGCCUAAUGAAGUCCCACAGCAAAACCACAAGAAGUUCUACAAAACAGAGAAAAGAUGUUUUUGCAUUCAACAUUGAUCCACCAUUGAGCACUGGGGCAAAGAACAAAACCUUCACUGACAGUUCUGCCAUAUCGAGCAGUGGCAUCCGUGACUCCUCAGGACUCCUCAGCACAGCCAAGAAAGGACAACCGGUGGCAAAAGAGAAGCGACAUGUGAAGAAGCAUCUGUUCAGUGACACAGACACAGACUAUGCCAUGACAGAGGUCAGCUGGCUGAGGGAGUCGAGCAGGAAACCCAAACCCAAAGUCACCAAAUACUCUAGGCAGGCGCCCUUCAAGCCUAAAGCUGUGUCACCUUGUGCUUCAUAUAAAUCUCCAGAUUUUCACCCACCAGCUCAAAAACCUGUAAAGGGCAAUACCAAACCCAAUAAGAAGAAGCCCGACAUGAAGGAGAGAGCGGAACAGUCGAAGAAGACAGUGGAGCCAGCAGCAGAACCACACAGACCACAUGUGUUGGGCAGGAGGCCCCGGAGAGCAGCAGCCAUCUCUACCAAGAGCUACAAGGAGCCAGAUUCUGAUGACAGCCAGUCAGAAUCAGUAAAGCCUCCUGUUUCUAAGUUCUCUUCCACCAAUCAUCUGGACAAUGCUGAAAAAACUCACAAGACUGCUCAAGUGAUGAAGAAAGGGACAGCCAGCAAACAACAAAGCAAAAGCUACAUGAAUCUAAAGAGCAGCCAUCAUAGCAGCAGGUCGGACUCUGUGUCAGAGCAGCGACCCACUUCCAAGAAUUAUUUUGUAGGUGAGCAGAGGAAAAAUGAGCAGACCUGUUCAGAGGUUCCAGAGAUAAAGAAAAGAAAAAACACCUCCUCUGAGAACUCCACAGAUACCUACAGGAGACAGGACAGCAACAACCAAUCAGAUCUGAAAAAGCCAUCUGGUCUCAAGCAGCAGAAGCCUGUGAAUGUUCUUCCAGAAACUUUGAAGUUAAAUAAGAGAAAUGUCGCCCCUGCCCAAGAUCAGAUGAAUGCACUGAAGGAUUCCUUGGCUAUCCGCCAGACCUCUUUUUGUCCGUCCCCUCCUUUCAUCGAGAGGAUGAGAUCUGCCGAGAGGUCAGCCCCAACCUUGGGUUUGACCUGCUCCCCUCUCCUCAGCCUGCGGGGAUCCCCACUCCCUGCCUCCCCAGACCCUCCCUGCCAGGACACCCCCUCGCCAAUCCCGCUGCUACCCAAACCUCACUCUACAGUCAGCAGUAAAGGAAACUUCAAGCCCUCCUCCUUCUACAGUGCAGUAAAGAAGCGCAGGUCCUCCAAGACUCGAUCCAUCCAGUCUGUCCCCUCUCUCCCUUCACUGACCCCCAUAGGGCAAACCUCUGUUCCCAGUGCUCCCACUGGACCUAGUGCAGCAGAGAUGAGUCCAAUCCAACAGCAGCGAAACUCAUCACCUCAGUCUCCUUUGUCUCCGUCCACUCUGCCCCUGUUGACAUCCACACAGCUGGAUAAGCCGCCCAUGCCCUCUCCUCCUCAGUCCCCAUACCGUGAAGACACUGUCAACUAUGGCCACCAUUAUGGUUUUAGUAAAGUGUCUUCAGUGAGCCUGUCAUCCACAAAGUCUUCAGUACUCAGUAAUAGAAUUAAAGACAGCCCCACUGCUGUCCUGGCUAUCAAUACAGAGAAAUCACCACCUUCAGAUCAAGACUUACAGCCUGCACAGCUUCAUAUGUCAGGACCCAGUCGCAAGCGCCGUAUCUCCUUGUCCAGUAAUUUCGAGGAAAAUGAGAAGGAAGGGAGGAAGAAAAGCAAGAUGAGGGAGCAGCGUUCUCCUCGGAUGAAACCAAGGAAGUUGUUCAAGUCCUUUGUCGAGAUAUCUGCUGAAAGUGAGGUGAGCCGGGUGAUGUCAUCUUCGCACACAGUGAGCUCCAGCCACUGGGAGGCUGAUGGGACGGAUGGAGACAUGGACAUGGAUGAGGAUUUGGAGUUGCCAAAAAUUGCUGUAAACCCAAAUAACAUGUGCCAGCAAUUCAGCUCUGACCUAAUAAACAAGAAGUUCCAGAACCGUUGUAAGAUGAUGGAGCUUUACAACAAGCAGUCUUUGAAGAGCGUCCAGCAACAUGUCUCCUCCCUCAACAUGCAAGUUACCAAACACAGGACUCAGAGGCUUGAACAGGUUCAAGGGGUCCUCUUGGAAGAGAUCCACAGUUUGGAGCAGAAUGAGACUGUGCUGAAAAGCAUGGAGAAAGACCUGACUAUGUACUGGAAAAAGCAGAGCAUUGCGUUCCAUUCUUACCAGGAGCAGGAAACCAGGAGAAAUAAGAUCCUGACGAAAGCCCUCCAGGGUAACGUGUGUCACGGCUUGGAGUAUGAGGAGAGAUUAUUCACAUCCCAGAUGUGCCUGAUAAAAAAUGACAUGAAGUCAGUCCAGGACAGACUCCUCAGUCAGAUGCAAGAUGGGGAGAUCCAGAGUGUCAAGAGAGGUCUGCAUGCUUUGUUUUUCCCCUGAUGGCGCCAGCUUUUGAGUUGUCCUGCCAAAGGUCUCUGCACUCUAAACAAGGUUGUGUAUUUCACCACAUGAUGCACACUGUGCUGUGUGCUUCUGCUGUGCUGAUUCCAUUUCAAAGAGUUUGCCUCAGGUGUUGAUGUUUCUGGGUUCUGUUUUUAUUGAAUGUGAAUGGUUUAUUCUGACCUAGUGUUGUUGCUACAUGUAUGUUUUAUGAGAAUUGUUACAUUAUUCCAUAUUUAUUAUUUUAUUAAAUGUAUUAAUUCAAUAAGUUUUAGUGUUCUUUAAAAGUAAGUACAGGUAAUCUUUUUGAUGUCUUUGAUGCUCUGUGAUUUUUUUAAUAAACCUUUCUGAUUUAUUCAUGUAGGUUAGUUAGGUACUGAAAAACUAAAUAUAUAAAAUGUUAAAUCUAUCAUUUGCCUUUAAAUACCGAUUCAACAUUAGUCUUGAUUGAAAAUAAACAGUUUGAAAAAAGAGAUAAGCCAUUCUUAAAAAAGACCUUGUAUUUUGAAGACAAGUAGUGCUUACAAAGGUAUUUCUCUUUUCAGUGAAGACAUUGACGGCCUCAUUCAGAUUGACAUACUGUAUGUACAGUUAAUAUCAAAUUCAUCCCCAAUACCACCUCCCCCAGACUGCACAGUCUUUACACAGUCCAA